CGCGUGCGUUCGAUCGACAUCGACGCGCGCCAGUGGCGGCCUGUGUCUAUGGUGCUCCUCCGUUUUGCCCCUUCCCCGACGGGUGCACUCCAUCUGGGUGGCCUCCGCACGGCCCUUUACAACUUCCUGUAUGCGCGAAAGCUAGGCGGAAAAUGGAUCCUCAGGAUAGAGGACACGGACGCGACUCGCACUGUGCCGGGCGCUGUGGAUGGAAUUCGCGAGGCUUUGGAGUGGGCCGGCUUGGAAUAUGACUAUGGACCUGGCAAACAGGGACCACACGCGCCGUACUUCCAGUCCGAGCGAUUGGAUCUCUAUCGCUUCUACGCUGACAAGCUACUGGCGUCCGGGCAUGCCUACCGCUGCUUCUGCUCUCCAGAUACUAUCGCAGCCACGCGCGAACGGUUGGCCCGCUCCGGUUCGAACGCAACUUACGAUAAGGCCUGCCUUCACGUCACGGAAGAGGAAGUGGUCAGACGAAUGAAGGCAGGUGAAAAAUUCGUGGUCAGGCUCAAUGACGGCAACCUCCCUUCGAGGCCGCCUCCUUCAGACCUGAUCUUCCGCAACCUGCGUGAUGCACACGCCUCUCUGCCGACGGAUCCCGUUCUCCUCAAAUCCGACCUCUUUCCGACGUACCACCUAGCAUCCGUGGUGGACGACCAUGAGAUGGGCAUCACUCAUGUAUUGCGAGGCGAGGAAUGGCUGCCCUCUCUGCCGCUACACCUCGACCUCUACGCAUGCCUCUCCCUUCCACCUCCGCAAUUUGCCCACCUUCCACUGCUGCUCAAUCCGGAUGGGUCGAAAAUGUCAAAACGCAAGGGCGACGUCCAGGUGAUCGAUUACAAGCGCCGUGGGUGGGAACAGAGCGCUAUCCUGAACUGGCUCGCCCUUGCAGGGUGGGGUGUUGCUCAUGAUGCAGAGGCGUCUUCGGAUUCAACAUCGCCAGCGAAACAUGCUCCGGACAGCACGACAGUGAUGACGCUGGAUGAGAUGAUCAAGGAGUUCGAUCUGGCCGCAAUUACUCACCGACGAACGGUACUCGACCCGAUGAAGCUAGAAUACCUGAACAAGCACCACCUCAUGCGCAUGAUGUCCACUCCUGAAGGUCUGUCCAACCUCGCGGAGAGAGUGCACAUUCGCGUGAAGGAGGCAUUCCCCCAUAGCCAAUAUACUACGGUCGACUCCAUCAAGGAAGUCAUCGCGAUGCUUCAGGGACGUAUCAUGAAUCUGAACGACCUACCAUCGCUUGCCUCAUUUCUGUUCAUCGAGCCGGACUAUACAACGGAGGAGGCGCAGUCAAUGCGCCAGUCGUUGCCCUCGGACAAAUAUAAUGCUGUCGUGGUAGGGUUGAGGGACCGUUUGCAACUGUUGGCCGCUCCCUGGCAGACUGUCAAUUUUGUCGACCUGCUGCAUGAAGAGCACGCCAAACUUGGUAUUAAUCAAAAACAAUAUAUGACCAUCGUAAGACAUGCUCUUACGGGUAUGAAGACUGGUCCUGGACUGGGUGCAGUCAUCGGUGCCCUGGGUCGCGAGAGAACGAUCGAGCGACUCAACAGAACGUUAGCCACGCAGUAAUCCUUCCGAUCCACUGAAAUAGCGACAGACCUCCAAUUACAAUGAUAUAUGCUAUGUUACACAUGUCAUGGUCAGUAAGUACAAGUGCCCAAUAUGUAAGAUGAGUAUCACAACGUCUCCCACCCUCCGCUGUCUACCGUACCCUCCAGCUUCCUCGCGAUCAACGUGGGCACGCCGUGAUUCAGCCACACUCUACGCACUUCCUCCCAUCUCGCAUGAUGCAGGAAUUGCCUACGCCCGCGCCUUAU